AGGUUUGGGAUUUGCAUUUAAAUGAUCCCGAGUGCCGUGGCAGUCACGUUGGAGACGACUACGUUUUCAGCAUCAAGACGAAUCUCUCCGACUGUGGGACAAUAAUGGCGUCGGAUGACACACACAUCAUGUUCAUAAACACAAUACACAACAACGACUCAGAUAUUAUAACGAGAAACUACAUCAACAUAACGUUUGUAUGCCGCUACCCCAUCAACUACAUGGUCCAACAACCCAACGGGGAAAACAUGAUUCGAGUCGAUGUCAGAACCAUCACUCUGAACACAGAGGACGGCAACUUUUCAGUGUCAAUGUUGCUGUACAAAGACGAAGCCUUCGAAGACAGAUGGACCACCGUGCCGUCACUGACGCUGGAUGAUGACAUCUUUGUCAAAGUUUUCAUGAUACCAGCUCACCUGAUGCUGCGCAUAGAGAGAUGCUGGGCUACGCCAACCAGCGAUCCAUACAGCAAUAUUCAGUACACCUUCAUCAGAGACAGCUGCCCGGUGCUGUCAAACGAACAGACCCUGAGCGUGCUGAAGAACGGCCAGGGUCCAGAGGCCAUGUUCAGGAUACAAAUGUUCAAGUUUGUGGGAGGCUCUUACACAAACGUCUUCCUCCACUGCAACGUCCAGAUCUGCCACAACACCGUGGGGCUAUGCCAGCCUAACUGUUCCGGCGAAGAUGGAUUAAGGAGGGCACGGAGGGACAUCCCUCUGUCCCAUACAGUGUCUUACGGACCAAUCAGACGACUACUAAGCGAGAAAGAAAAGCCCAGCAUGAGUGGAGUCCCUCCAGUGGAGACCUUUGUCCUCGGAGGGCUUCUGGUCGUCUUGCUGCUGAUCACAGGAGUAUUUGGGAGGCUGUGGCUUCGCUCCAGACGUUUCUACCCAGCACGGGAGGCCCAGCUCACCCUGUCCAACAUUCACCACAUCUCAGAGGUGGCAUCAUGAAUCAGGGGGUUGGGGAACUUUUUAAGCAAGAAGAAAAAUGGACAUAAAAAUACACAAGCAUGUACAAACACACAUGUACAGGUGUGAUUUAUAACAAUAAUAACAAUAAUAAUAAUAAUAAUAAUAAUGAGUCUUGUUUCUCUUCAUAGAAUGAAUUCACUGAAUUGUAAGAAGUUGACUUAAUAAAGGUGUUC